GUCAACUAGUCAGAAGGGUCCCACCACUAUCACUAUUUCCUUCUCUUUUCUCGCCGGUGAAACAGCGCGUGGAGCUUAGCGAGCCCCUUUGGCGCGGUGUUUGGCGUGCAUAGCGUGUUUGGCGAGGGCGGGCUUGGCGCAUCCACUCCGCCUAGUCUCAGGGUGGAGAGAGAUCGCAUAUCGGAUAUCAUGAAUUUUAUGGCAGAGAGGUACUAGAUGACACAAAGAUAAUCGAUGGAAAUGGUGAACGUCUCAACGAAGUCCAAUUUCAUUUCAUCAAACUGGAUCUCUCAUUCACGGUGAAGGUGGGAUUUUAACGAACAGUGAAGGUGAAGGAUUUAUCCCCCAUCCAUCCUGCCAAACUUCUUGCUUGCAUCAAGAAGCGACAUUGUUUCAAGGUCAAUGACAAUGGAAAUUCAAGAAGGUGAUCAUGGUGUAGGUAUGUUUCAUAAACAGCCUGAACUUAACUGCUUGUAUACGGUGUCGUUUUCUGCUAAUAUCACCAUAAUUUUGACAUAUCAUGCCAGUUUCAGUUGGCAAACUAAUCAUUCUCACCUCUCUUUUGACUUUUGAUGUGAAAAUAUUAAAACUUUUUUGUAUUUUAUUUAUUUUUGUCCAUGUGAUCAUCACCAACAAGAUUCAUGUGAUUCUAGUUCAAAAGUCCUUGUCUUAAAUUAAUUCAUACUCAUGUGAUUUUUUUUUUCUUUUUUAUGGUUGUGAUACUUUAAGAAAUCACGAGCAUUAAUAAUAAAAUAUUUUGAUUUAUCCAUACACGUAUGUAUCCUUUAAAAACAUGAGCUCUGUAGCAUUAAGACAUUACAGUAUAUACGUGAAUAAACAAUAUACAGUACACACACACACACACAAAUACCCGAGAAGGACAUGGAUUCAUCUGCCAAAUCAGUAGACGAAGUGGUGGAAGAGAUAAUGAGAAUUCAUAAAUCUCUUCCUCCAAGACCUGGAAUCGAUGACAUUGAAGAUGCAGUCAUUCUAAUCAGAAACGCAGACAAUGAAGAACAAACAAGAAUCGAAGCAAUUUCCAGACAAAAGAAACGAAAAUACAUCCCUGAAGAACUCUUCAACAUCCUGUUGGAGAUGCAGAAACAAUUAGUCCAAUUCCAAACCAAAGAACAAAAGAGGGAAGCUGUUAAAUUACUAGACCUCGAAAACUGCCACCAACUGUUCGAUGAAAUGAUUCAAAGAGCCUCCAAAUGUUGUUCUCCUUCUCCAUCUAAUAACACCCCUUCAAGUACUUCUUCUUCUUCACCUUCAACAAAUCCAGCUUCCAUCUCUACUUCAAGCUUCGAUCACAGCACUCCAUCUUCCACGUCUAGCUUAUCUUUUGAUAAAGAUCAUGUCAAAAGCUCCCAUUUGAUCAUUAAAGAUGAUAGUUAUGUGAAUAAAUCCAAGUUUUAUAACAAUGGAGGGAUUGUAUCAAGUAAAUUUUCCAAACCCCAAAUUUUCGAUUCAACUCUAAAACCUUCCAUUACUUCCGGACAAGAUGGUGAAAAAUUGAGUCUUAUAAAGCUUGCUAGUUUGAUUGAAGUGUCAUCAAAGAAAGGAAUUAAAGAUCUUGAUCUUCAUAACAAACUCAUGGAACAAAUAGAAUGGCUUCCCGAUUCAAUUGGGAAAUUAUCCAAUUUACUCACAUUCAAUCUCUCAGAAAAUCGUCUUCUUUCUCUCCCGUCUUCAAUAGGAACCCUUUCUUCAUUAACAAAACUCAACUUACAUUCAAACAAAAUCAUCGAACUCCCAGAAUCCAUAGGGAAUCUCAUCAACUUAAUUUUUCUAGAUCUUCAUGGAAACAACUUAACAUCUCUUCCUUCGACUUUUGGUAGAUUAAUCCAUCUUCAAGAACUCGAUUUAAGUUCGAACAACUUCUCAUUUCUUCCUGAUCAAAUCGGUUCUCUUUCAAGUUUACAAACAUUAAACAUUGAAACAAACGAAAUCGAAGAAAUCCCACAUGCAGUUGGUCAAUGUUCAUCUCUCAAACAACUUCUUGCGGAUUACAACAAGAUUAAAGCUUUACCAGAAGCAGUAGGAAGAAUCGAGUCAUUGGAAAAACUAUCUGUUCGAUAUAAUAACAUUAGUAGGUUGCCAACAACAAUGUCAUCGUUGAAAAGUAUAAAACAACUUGAUGUAAGUUUCAAUGAACUUGAUUCGGUUCCUGAAAGCUUAUGUUUUGCUACAACUCUUUUGAAGAUCAACAUUAGCAACAACUUUGCCGAUUUGACAUCACUUCCAAGAUCAAUCGGAAACCUUGAGAAUCUUGAAGAGUUGGAUAUGAGUAAUAAUCAAAUACGAGUAAUUCCUGAUUCGUUUAGGAUGUUAUUGAAGUUACGGGUGUUGAAUGUUGAAGGAAAUCCAUUGGAAGUACCACCACGGAACGUACUUGACAAAGGCGCUCAGGCGGUGGUUCGGUAUAUGAGUGAAGUCUAUGAGAAGAAGGAUUUAAAGGUUCUUCCCUCUUCGUCGUAUUCACAGGAUCCUUGCUUCUGA